AUGCACAGAGCAUGCAAUGGAAAAUGGCAACAGUUCUGCGAUACCGGCAUCAGUAAAGAAGAAUUGCAUUCAUGGCUUGAGUUUGCUGGAAUGUUCAUGUCGAAUCUGGGAAAUUAUUUUGCGGACGGGGAUAGAAAAACCAUUCCAGAUGUCUCAGAAGAUGCCCUUAGGCGAAUGGCAAGCAUCUCACUAGAGAUAACUUUGAGGCUUGACGAGAUCAUAGAUCCUAUGAUGGCGGUUCAACCAUCAAAACUAGGGUAUCCAGACGAAACGAGUCAAUCAAGUUUCUACCCUGGCGAGGCGAGAACCACAAAGGAAGAGAUAGUCACUGUUACAAGACUGAUAGAAACCCAAGGGGUCGGAGCAGAGAAUACACGAGUCAGGAAGACAUCUCAUCAUGAUGCUGAGUCCGGACACUGGGAUGAGUUUCAAGUAGUUCAAGCCUGUGUAGAAAUUGAUGAAGCUCCUGGGCUCAUUGGAGACAUUAAAAUCGGGAAACGGCCAGGUCAAAUAUUUCUACAUCGGGGUGACCAUUCGAAGGAAAUGAAUUUAAUCUGCGCAGAGCUUCAAGAAGCGCAAAAGUACGCGGCGUCUGCUGAACAAGUCGCAGAACUCGCACAACUUAUUCAGUCCUUCCAGACUGGGGACUAUCAGACUGAUUUCUGGUCUGCUCUUAAAAUGUGGGUCAAGGACAAAGCACCUCCCUUCCCUGGCCGAGUCCUGAGAAUAACGGAAAGGGGCCUUUCUAACGAAGUGAUAUCGAGACUCCGGACUUUCAAAUUAUUCACGUCCUGGCAUUUUGUCUCGAGCAUCUUCUGGGAAGCCAAUAAUAUCAACCUUAACAACAACGAUGGCCAUAACUACGGCGUAAAGAAUCUGAUUUAUGGCAAUCGCAUGAGCUUGAUCAAUCAUCCCGGUCGUCCAUGCUACUACGUAUACCCCUCAGAGGCGGGGACAUACAUGGCAUGCGCUCAUAUAGUGCAUUUCAUCGGAACAGCCAUUCAUGAAGUUAUCGGCCAUGGAUCUGGAAAAUUGCUAGCAGAACAAACACCAGGCGAGUUCAAUUUUGACCAUGAAAGACUUCCACUCAGCCCGAUUACUUCUCAGUCUAUUCAAACCUGGUACAAGCCAAAUGAGAUAUGGGACAGUGUGUUUGGAAAAUUGGCGUUGACGGCGGAGGAGUGUCGGGCCUUCUUAUUUGCCUAUUAUUUUGCUGAUAAUCAGGAGAUUGUUGCACGUUUUGGAUAUCAUGAAACGAGGGCUGAGGGUCUUCGUGCGCUGCACAGUUUCAAACCUAACACUCAGACUUGGGGAGGGGAUCAUCACCAGGCUCUUCCUGCGAUUUUCAAGCACCUCGUCCAGGAUGGGGAUGGGGUCAUGACUGUAGAUCACGAUCCAGUCAAGAACAUCAUUUUCGUCAGAGUCGAUCGCAGCAAAAAUAUGUCUCAUGGCAAGCUUUCGAUCGGCAGAAUGCUGUGCAAGAUUCACAUCUGGCACUCCACCGCCGAUAUUAAUGCUUGUCGGCCAUUCUACGAGGAUUUGAGCACCGUGGAUGGCCAGUAUGAAACAUGGCGGAAUAUCGUAAUCGCGAACAAAGAGCCCAAAUGGAAGUUCGUACAGCCGAACACAUUCUUGAAGGGAGGUGGAACGGUAGAACUGAGGGAAUAUGAGGCAAGUAAUGUGGGAGUUAUCCAAUCGUUCUACGAGAGGGAUAUCUAA